UGCGGGUGUCUUCACAGCAUUUUGAUCUGUCAAGAUUUGUUGUCUGCAAUCACCUCGGCUACAAUAUGGCAGACACGAAACCCCUUCACCAAACAAGAUUUGAGGCAGCUGUGAGUGUGAUCCAGAGUCUGCCCAAGAAUGGCUCUUUCCAGCCAUCCAAUGAAAUUAUGCUGAAGUUCUACAGUUUUUACAAGCAAGCAACGCAAGGACCGUGCAAUAUACAGAGACUCGGAUUCUGGGAUCCUGUUGGUCGUUACAAAGGGGAUGCCUGGAACUUGCUGGGCGACAUGUCCAAGGAAGACAUGGCGUCUUCCUUGGACAUUGCUUAUGUUGAUGAAAUGAAAUUGAUCCUUGAGACAAUGCCAGUGACGGAGAAAGUGGAAGAAUUACUGAAUGUCAUAGGUCCAUUUUAUGAAAUAUUGGAAGACAAAAAACAUGGGCGAGGAUCUGGUGUAACUUAAGACCUCAGCUCUGUCCUGACUUCCACCUUAAAUUGUAAGUCUGUGAAUGGCAAAGCAGAGAGCAGCGACAGCGGCGCGGAAUCGGAGGAAGAGGAGGCUGGAAGAAAGGAGGAGGAAGAUGAGGAAGAUGAGACGGAGUUAAGAGACGAUUGCAAAGAGGACAUUGCUGCAGUGCAGCAUUUGACCAGUGACUCAGACUCAGAGAUAUUCUGCGAUUCUAUGGAGCAGUUUGGACAGGACGACGUUGAUCACAGUCAGCUGGUAGAGCACGCUCUGAUCACCGAGCCCUUGGCCGAUGUGAGUGUUGGCGGAGAAGCAAAAGAAGGUGGAGAAGACGGGAAGGCCUCUGGACGUACUCCCCAAAAAGAGAAGUCUGGGAAUGAGAAGGCUGAGUACUUUCCGUCUAGAAGAGGAAGAGCCAAUCGCAUGCAUCCUGUGGGUGAUGGAUCCUGCAGGGGUCAGAUGGGAAGCGGUGGGGAUGGUGAGAGAUGGGGAUCGGAUAGAGGGCCAGAGGGCAGCAUUAAUGAGCAGAUUGCUGUGGUGCUAAUGCGGUUACAAGAAGAUAUGCAGAACGUUCUGCAGAGGCUGCAAAUCCUGGAGGCCCUUACUGCUUCUCAGGCAAGAUCAAUGCUUCUGGAAUCCAAUCUUCAUCAGUCGGCUUACAAGAAACCAUCUUGGUGGCCCUUUGAGAUUUCAUUAGGCACACUGGUGUUUGCAGUCAUCUGGCCAUUAAUUGCCCAUUGGUUAAUACAUCUGUACCUACAAAGGAAACGGAGGAAGCCCACUUGAACAUUCAGUCAGAAGCGACUCUGGUUCAGAAGAGCUACUCGGGACGUCCUCUAAUUGUCCCACUGGAGAUGGCAGUGGCCGGGAGUUCCUCCUCUUUUUUUGCUCUAGUAAAUUACUUGCACUACAUGAAUGAUACCAGAAUAAGGACUAAUUUUACUAAGGCUUGAAUACGAGAAAUAUAUACUAAGCUGGCAGUAGUAUUAAUGUCUUCUUUUAUCACAUCUGAAUUCAGUUGAAAACUAAAUUAUUUUUAAACUUCUCAAAAGCAUGUUGUAGAUAAAGUAUAUACGGUACUUCUGAGGGUACAGGGUAGGCAGGCAAAAAUCAUG